CACUGAGAGGGAAGCCUUGUGCUGGAACAGACAGGAACUAUUUGCAGUGGAAGAUGAUCCGCUCAGAGAUGGUCAUCAACCACCCAGCCUCAGAGCUGAGGGCUGUGAAGAGGAGGCAGCCGGGGGGGAUUCCGAACCCCUGUCCAGCCAUCCUGCAGCACAGUAUCAAGGACAAGAUCUCAGAAUGGGAAGGGAAGCAGGAAUCACCUGCUUCUGCACCCGGUAGAAGAGUGGAAGGACCAGAGGAGAAUUACUCUGCUGCUUCUGGGGAGGAAAAGAGAAGCAGCGAGGGACUGAGGACUCAAAAUGGAACCAGACCUGAUGAGGCCGAGAGCCAAGAGAACGAGAAGUGCAGAGGUGGCAUGAAAGUUGGGGGCCUGCAGCCAGCCCGGGAACGGGGCAGAGGCCUCGGGCAGGAUGACAGCCCUUCAGUGCUCAUGCAGGUCCGGAGGCUGGAGCAGGCGCUCAAGGAUGGCUCUGCGGGCUUGGACCCCCAGCUGCCAGGCACCUGCUACUCCCCACACUGCCCACCCGACCAGGAUGGGCCUGGCCGGCGUGGGAGCGGCACGGAACUCAGGCCCACGGAGGACCGCAGAGGUUCGUGCUGGAGGCCCUGGGAGCAGAGCCUGGAUGGGGUGCACCGGGGCUUUGAGGGUGCACCCCCCAGGCCCAUCACCAGCCCCCCGCCCAAGCCCCGGAGAACGUUCAAACACGAUGAUGGUGAAGGGGACAUGGCCAGGGGCCCAAGUUUGAGGAGCAGGAAGGAGAAACGGAACCCGCCACCUCUGCCUUCCCUCCCACCUCCGCCCCUGCCCUCCUCGCCGCCACCCACGUCGGUCAACAGGAGACUCUGGAACGCAAGGCCCAAGCCCAGUGCUGACCACAGAAAGUCUUACGAGUUUGAGGACCUGCUGCAGUCCUCGGAGAGUGGUCGGGUGGACUGGUACGCGCAGACCAAGCUGGGGCUAGCACGCACUUUAUCGGAAGAGAAUAUCUAUGAGGACAUCUUAGACCCGCCCAUGAAGGAGAACCCCUAUGAGGAUGUGGAGCUACAUGGGCGCUGCCUGGGGAAGAAACGUGUUAUGAGCUUUCCGAGUUCGCCCACCUCCUCCAUCCCUGACGCACCUGCUAAGCAGUCAUUGGCCAAACCUGCUUUUUUCCGGCAAAAUUCUGAGAGGAGAAACUUCAGGCUUCUGGACACGAGGAAGCUGAGUCGGGACGGAACCGGGUCCCCUUCUAGAACCAGCCCUCCCUCCACCCCUAGCAGCCCUGACGACACUUUCUUCAACCUUGGAGACCAACAGAAUGGCAGGAAGAAGAGAAAGAUCCCUAAGCUGGUGUCCCGCAUCAAUGCCAUCUAUGAGGCCCGGAGAGGGAAGAAGCGGGUAAAGAGGCUGUCCCAGUGCACAGAGGGCAACUCAGGAAAAGUGACAGAUGAAAACAGUGAGUCUGACAGCGACACGGAGGAGAAGCUGAAAGCUCACAGCCGGCGCCUGGUGAACGUGAAAUCGCGCCUGAAGCAGGCACCCAGGCUGCCCACCUUGGACCGGGAGCUUGCAGAGUUCCAGGAGCGGCGGCUCUUUGAGUUCUUCGUGGUGGUGUCUCUGCACAGGAAGCAGACUGGGGCGGCCUACGUACCCGAAGUCACCCAGCAGUUCCCCAUCAAGUUGGAAAGGUCGUUCAAGUUUCUGAAAGAGACCGAGGACCAGCUAAAGGUCAUUCCCCAGUUCUGCUUCCCUGACGCCAAGGACUGGACCCCAGUCCAACAGUUUACCAGUGAAACCUUCUCCUUUGUCUUAACCGGCGAAGAUGGGAGCCGAAGGUUUGGUUACUGUCGCAGACUGCUGCCCGGCGGCAAAGGCAAGCGCCUCCCUGAAGUUUACUGCAUCGUGAGCCGCUUGGGCUGCUUCAGUCUCUUCUCCAAGAUUCUGGAUGAGGUCGAGAAACGAAGAGGCAUCUCUCCUGCCCUGGUCCAGCCCCUCAUGAGGAGCGUCAUGGAAGCACCUUUCCCAGCCCUAGGCAAGACUGUGGUGGUCAAGAACUUCCUACCUGGCUCGGGGAAUGAGGUGAUUGAACUGUGCCGGCCCCUCGACUCCCGGCUGGAGCACGUGGACUUCGAGUCUCUCUUCUCAGCUCUCAGUGUUCGACACCUGCUCUGUGUCUUUGCCUCCCUGCUCCUGGAGCGGAGGGUCAUCUUUAUCGCUGAUAAACUCAGCACCCUAUCGAAGUGCUGCCACGCCAUGGUGGCCCUCAUCUACCCCUUCACCUGGCAUCACACCUAUAUCCCAGUGCUGCCCCCUGCCAUGAUCGACAUCGUUUGCUCGCCUACCCCUUUCCUCAUUGGGCUGCUCACCAGCUCUCUGCUGCUGCUUCGGGAACUGCCACUGGAAGAGGUCCUCGUGGUAGACCUCGUCAAUGAUCGGUUCCUCCGACAGAUGGAUGACGAGGAUUCUAUUCUGCCCCGGAAACUUCAGGUGGCUCUGGAACAUAUUCUGGAGCAGAGGAAUGACCUGGCCAGUGACCAGGAAGAAGGAGCCCCAGACUGCAGGCACGGCCCCGAGUGCAGCCCCUUGAACGAGGUGGUGUCCGAAGCCUUUGUGCGCUUCUUCGUGGAGAUGGUCGGCCACUACUCGCUCUUCCUUACCGCGGGUGAGAGGGACGAGAGGAGCCUCCAGCGUGAUGCCUUCCGCAAGGCUGUGUCCUCCAAGAGCCUGCGCCGUUUCCUGGAGGUCUUCAUGGAGACGCAGAGCUUCCGGGGCUUUGUCCAGGAGCGGGAGUUGCGCCGGCAGGAUACCAAAGGUCUGUUUGAGGUUCGAGCCCAAGAGUACCUGGAAACACUCCCCAUCGGCGAGCACAGUGGCGUCAACAAGUUCCUGAAGGGGCUAGGAAACAAAAUGAAGUUUCUCCAUAAGAAAUAACCUCUGCACAGCCGCCAAAAGCCCAUGCCUUGUGUCACCCUGACUCUUGGCCCACAGAGGG